GUUUAGAGUCAACAGAACCGCCAUUUUCAAAAAGUUGUUUCUUCGUGCAAGAUAAAAAUGGUUGAUCUAAACUACGAUUUUAGCAUGAAUCGACUCCAGAAUCGGCUGGCAACGUUCAAAGACUGGCCCUUUACUGAAGAGACAGGUUCAUCAUGUACUGCAGAGAAGGUACUACCUUUAGAUAGGAGAGGAGAAAACAAAUUUUCCUUUAGAGCUAUAAAAAAUAAGUUUCUAAAAAUGUUGUGUUUGACCCAUCUUAUUUAGUUGGCUUAGAUUAUGAAAUAUAACCUUAACUCCCAGUUUAUUAACCUGCGACUCGCACAAGUGAACUUCCUCGCAGGCUAUCAGUUGAUUAGAAGUUCCAAAUUUGAUGUUCUCUUGUUUCUUGUUUGACGCUCUGUAAACACUCUAAUUCAAAACAAAUCAUAGAAUAAGAUUUUGUUCUCGUAAACUACCUGUUUAAAUUACAGAAAAAAGAGUUCUUAUCCUAUGAUUUGUUUUAAAUUUUCUCGUAAAAUAAGAACACGUUUUCUUAAAUUGAGAGAAUCGGAGCAAUCUCGAAUUUAGAGUGUAAAAUUUCCAUUUGUUUCAUAGAUGGCCGAAGCGGGAUUUUUCCAUUCUCCUAAUGACCGUGAUGCGGACAUUGCACGCUGUUUUGUGUGCUUCAAAGAGCUGGAAGGAUGGGAGCCUGAGGAUAAUCCUAUGUAUGUAUUUAGCUAACCAUGCAUUUCGGGUACAUGUACCUUUAAUAGACUUACAAGUCAAAUUUCUAAUGUACAGAACUAACAACACUAACAUACAUUUUCUUUGUUUUAGGGAGGAGCACAAAUCUCAUUCACCUAAAUGUGAAUUUCUCCUGUUAAACAAGAAAGAGGAAGAUUGGACAGUUGAGGACUUCUUGGAACUGGAAACCAAAAGACAAAUAAACAGAAUGGUAAGGCUGUGCGUACUAACAUACUAUCAAAGCAAUAGAUGAGUACCUGCUGUAGGCAUAGCCCUUCUCAGGUUAAACCAGAAUUUCCUUUGUCUCCCAUGAAAAAUAAAAUAUUAGGGCUUGGAAACAAAGGAAAUUCUGAAUCAAACUAGGAUGAAUAAAGGUUCAACCUGAGAACAGAUUUUACCUACAAGAUACCUCUACCCCAAUACAAACUAUCACAGAUUCCCAGUCCCUGGGCAAUUUGUUAUAAAAGGGUUCCAACUUUCAUAGUUUUGUUUUAUUCAAAAGUAUUUCUCAAGUCUCCUUUUUGCUUUUUUAAAAACAAAAACAUCUUACAGUGGAAGCUCUCAUAAGCAGACACCCUUAGGACAUGAAAAAGGAGCUGAAACUGGAGCUGGCCACUUACAGGAAUACAAAAAUACAGAGUUUGUGUGGGAGUUAAGAAAUAUGGGACCGUUUUUGUGGGCGCGACAGUGAGUAGAACUGUCCACUUACAAGAGUGUCAGUCAAGACAGCUACCACUGUAAUUCUUAUCACUGUUUUUUUUGUCUUAUUUCAGCAUAAGAUCAUUGAGCUGAAGACAAAGGAGUACAAAGAACUAGCAGAGCAUGUCAAAACUGAAAUGGAAAAACUUGUUUAACUAUUAAACUGUAAAUAGCUCAUUGUAUCAUUUCAUGUAAGUAAUGACUCAGUGAUAUGAACUGUAGUAUAGAAACCACCUCAAUAACGAGACACUUUGCAUUUUGAGAAAUAGUGAGUAUCUGCAUCUGUACAGACUCUGUCGAGUCUUUUGAGUUAAAUGUAUGUUCAGUCAGUCGAGAGUAAAGAUCAAGAUGUACAACACAAACAAGCUUCAAAGACAUUAUCUUUUUCUUUUCUUUUUUUCUUGUGUUUGUGUCCUGUUGACAUUCCUGAAAUUGAUUAUUGUGGUGUUAACAGCUUCUGACAGAAUGGUUUUAGAAAAAUUGACUUGUAAAUAGAAAUAAACGAUUAAAAAAUGAUGGGUGUAAAAUAAGGUAACAUUUACAUUUCAAGCCCUCCUUUUUGUUUCUGUAGCAUGGUAACCUGUACCUUGAAGUCCAGAAUGAGAUAAUAGUGAGUUUACGAAACAGGAUAGCAGGAAGAAGAGGAU